AUGUCGCUUCCAAUAAAGGCUUGCCAGCAGAAUACCCACACCAAAGUCAGCACAGAGCACAACAAGGAAUGUCUCAUCAACAUUUCCAAGUACAAGUUUUCCCUGGUCAUCAGUGGUCUCACCAAUAUCUUAAAAAAUGUUAAUAACAUGAGAAUAUUUGGAGAAACUGCUGAAAAGAAUUUAUAUCUAUCUCAGCUGAUUAUCUUGGAUACACUGGAAAAAUGUCUGGCAGGGCAACCGAAGGACACCAUGCGCCUGGACGAGACCAUGCUGGUGAAGCAGCUGCUGCCCGAGAUCUGCCACUUCAUCCACACCUACCGCGAGGGCAACCAGCACGCGGCCGAGCUGCGCAGCUGCGCCUCGGGGGUGCUCUUCUCGCUCAGCUGCAACAACUUCAACGCUGUCUUCAGCCGCAUCUCCACCAGAUUGCAGGAACUGACUGUUUGUUCAGAAGAUAAUGCUGAUGUUCAUGAUAUUGAACUUUUACAGUACAUCAGUGUGGAUUGUUCAAAACUCAAGCGACUCUUACAAGAGACUGUAUUCAAGUUUAAAGCCCUGAAGAAAGUAGCUCAGUUAGCUGUUAUCAACAGUCUUGAGAAGGCAUUUUGGAACUGGGUGGAAAACUAUCCUGACGAAUUCACCAAGCUGUACCAAACCCCUCAGACUGACAUGGCUGAUUGUGCUGAGAAGUUGUUUGAUUUAGUGGAUGGCUUUGCUGAAAGCACAAAGCGUAAAGCAGCUGUGUGGCCACUGCAGAUCAUCCUCCUGGUCCUGUGUCCAGAGAUAAUCCAAGAUAUAGCAAAGGAUGUGGUAGAGGAAACGAAAAUGAACAAGAAGCUGUUCCUGGACAAUCUCAGGAAGGCCUUGGCAGGACACAGUGGGAGCAGGCAGCUGACUGAAAGUGCUGCUAUUGCUUGUGUUAAACUGUGCAAAGCAUCUACAUACAUCAACUGGGAAGAUAAUUCCGUCAUUUUCCUGCUAGUGCAGUCCAUGGUAGUAGAUCUUAAGAAUUUGCUGUUUAACCCAAGCAAACCUUUUUCAAGAGGCAAUCAGAAUGCAGAUGUAGACCUGAUGAUUGACUGCUUGGUUUCCUGCUUCCGCAUAAAUCCUCACAAUAACCAACACUUCAAGAUCUGCUUGGCACAGAAUUCCCCGUCAACAUUUCAUUAUGUGCUGGUAAAUUCACUCCACCGAAUCAUCACAAACUCGGCGCUGGACUGGUGGCCGCGGAUCGACGCCGUGUACUGCCACGCCGUGGAGCUGCGCAGCAUGUUCAGCGACACCCUGCACCGCGCCAUGCAGGGCUGCGGGGCGCACCCCGCCAUCCGCAUGACCCCGAGCCUUACAUUUAAGGAGAAAAUGACAAGCCUUAAAUUUAAAGAAAAACCUACUGAUUUGGAAACCAGAAGCUACAAGUUCUUGCUGUUGUCCUUGGUGAAACUGAUCCAUGCAGAUCCAAAGCUUUUGCUGUGUAACCCCAGGAAGCAGGGUCCCGACUCGCAGGGCAGCACGGCCGAGCUGAUCACGGGGCUGGUGCAGCUGGUGCCGCAGUCCAGCAUGCCCGACAUCGCCCAGGAGGCCAUGGAGGCUUUGCUGGUUCUGCACCAGUUGGACAGCAUUGACUUGUGGAAUCCUGAUGCUCCUAUAGAAACAUUCUGGGAGAUCAGCUCACAAAUGCUUUUUUAUAUCUGCAAGAAGCUUACGAGUCAUCAGAUGCUCAGCAGUACAGAAAUCCUCAAGUGGCUGCGAGAGAUUCUCAUCUGUAGGAAUAAAUUUCUGCUAAAAAACAAACAAUCUGAUAGGAGUUCCUGCCAUUUCCUCUUCCUUUAUGAUGUCUCUGGAAGUGGAACUAGUCAAAUUUCUCUUGACCAUGACGAAAUGAUACGCUGUGCACCAGGGGCUACCCUGAGGAAAGGGAAGGGGAAUUCUUCCAUAGAAAGCGCAGCAGGCUGCAGUGGAACACCGAUCUGCCGCCAAGCCCAGACCAAGCUGGAAGUGGCCUUAUACAUGUUCCUGUGGAGCCCAGAUAUUGAGGCAGUCCUGGUGGCCAUGUCCUGCUUCCGUCACCUCUGUGAGGAGGCCGACAUCAGAUGUGGAGUAGAUGAGGUCUCAGUGCAUAAUUUUUUGCCAAACUACAACACUUUCAUGGAGUUUGCAUCUGUGAGCAACAUGAUGUCAACAGGGAGAGCAGCUCUUCAGAAGAGAGUAAUGGCGUUAUUGAGGCGCAUUGAGCACCCCACUGCAGGCAACACAGAGGCCUGGGAGGAUACGCAUGCAAAAUGGGAACAAGCUACAAAACUAAUCCUUAACUAUCCAAAGACCAAAAUGGAAGAUGGGCAGGUGGCUGAGAGCCUGCACAAGACGAUCGUGAAGCGGCGGAUGUCGCACGUCAGCGGCGGCGGCUCCAUCGACCUGUCAGACACAGAGUCGCUGCAGGAGUGGAUCAACAUGACUGGGUUCCUGUGUGCCCUGGGCGGGGUGUGCCUGCAGCACCGCAGCAGCGCGGGGCUGGCCACCUACAGCCCCCCCAUGGGCCCCCUCAAUGAGCGCAAGGGCUCCAUGAUCUCCAUGGUCUCCACCGAGGGCAGCGUGGAGACCCCGGUCAGCAAAUUCAUCGACCGCCUGCUCACACUGAUGGUCUGCAACCACGAGAAGGUGGGGCUGCAGAUACGGACCAACAUCAAAGACCUGGUGGGGCUGGAGCUCAGUCCAGCGCUUUAUCCAAUGCUCUUCAACAAGCUGAAGAAUACCAUCAGCAAGUUCUUUGAUUCUCAAGGACAGGUGUUGUUAACUGACACCAACACACAAUUUGUAGAGCAAACCAUUGCUAUAAUGAAGAAUUUGCUUGACAAUCACACAGAAGGGAGCUCAGAACACCUCGGACAAGCAAGCAUUGAGACAAUGAUGCUGAAUCUGGUUAGGUAUGUGCGUGUGCUUGGAAAUCUGGUACAUGCCAUUCAAAUAAAAACAAAGCUCUGCCAGUUAGUAGAAGUAAUGAUGGAAAGGAGAGAUGACCUUUCAUUUUGUCAAGAAAUGAAAUUUAGGAACAAAAUGGUGGAAUAUUUGACAGACUGGGUAAUGGGAACAUCAAACCAAGCAACAGACGAGGAUGUGAAAUGCUUGACAAGAGAUUUGGACCAGGCGAGUAUGGAAGCAGUGGUCUCUCUUCUUGCUGGGCUUCCACUCCAGCCUGAAGAAGGAGAUGGUGUUGAGUUGAUGGAAGCAAAAUCUCAACUAUUUCUCAAGUACUUCACGCUGUUCAUGAACCUGCUGAAUGACUGCAGCGAGGCGGAGGAGGACGGGGCGGCGGCAGGCGGGCGCAAGCGUGGGAUGUCGCGCAGGCUGGCAUCGCUGCGCCACUGCACUGUGCUGGCCAUGUCCAACCUGCUCAACGCCAACGUGGACAGCGGCCUCAUGCACUCCAUAGGCUUGGGCUAUCACAAAGACCUCCAGACUAGAGCCACGUUUAUGGAAGUCCUCACCAAAAUCCUGCAGCAGGGGACAGAGUUUGAUACCUUGGCAGAAACAGUGCUAGCAGAUCGGUUUGAGAGAUUGGUGGAGUUGGUUACAAUGAUGGGUGAUCAGGGGGAGCUUCCUAUUGCUAUGGCUUUAGCCAAUGUGGUGCCUUGCUCUCAGUGGGAUGAGCUGGCUCGUGUCCUGGUCACACUCUUUGAUUCCCGACACCUCCUCUACCAGCUCCUCUGGAAUAUGUUCUCAAAGGAGGUCGAGUUGGCAGACUCCAUGCAGACACUCUUCCGAGGAAACAGCUUUUUUUUUCUUUUUUUUUUUUUAUUCUGCUACAGAUCUCUUCAGGCAGGAAGAGUCUAUGGUGCUACAUAUUUGCAGAAGCUUUUGGAACCUUUGCUGCGGACUGUGAUCACAUCCCCUGAGUGGCAGCACGUCAGCUUUGAGGUGGAUCCAACAAGGCUGGAGCCUACAGAAAGCCUUGAAGAGAACCAGAGGAGUCUCUUGCAAAUGACAGACAAGUUUUUUCAGGCAAUCAUUAAUUCCUCCUCGGAGUUCCCACCCCAGCUGCGCAGUGUGUGCCAUUGUUUAUAUCAGGCAACUUGCCACUCUCUACUGAAUAAAGCUACCGUAAAAGAAAAAAAGGAAAACAAAAAAUCAGUGGUGAGCCAGCGCUUCCCCCAGAACAGCAUCGGGGCCGUGGGCAGCGCCAUGUUCCUGCGCUUCAUCAACCCUGCCAUCGUGUCCCCGUACGAGGCGGGCAUCCUGGACAAGAAACCCCCGCCCCGCAUCGAGCGCGGCCUCAAGCUCAUGUCAAAGAUCCUUCAGAGUAUUGCUAACCACGUGCUGUUUACAAAGGAGGAGCACAUGCGGCCUUUCAAUGACUUUGUGAAGAGCAAUUUUGAUGCAGCACGAAGGUUUUUCCUUGACAUCGCCUCCGACUGCCCAGCCAGCGACACCGUCAACCACAGCCUGUCCUUCAUCAGCGACGGCAACGUGCUGGCACUGCACCGCCUGCUCUGGAACAACCAGGAGAAGAUCGGCCAGUACCUGUCCAGCAACAGGGACCACAAGGCUGUUGGACGACGACCUUUUGACAAGAUGGCAACACUUCUUGCCUACCUGGGGCCUCCUGAGCACAAACCUGUGGCAGAUACACAUUGGUCCAGCUUAAAUCUCACUAGUUCCAAGUUUGAAGAGUUUAUGACAAGGCAUCAAGUACACGAAAAGGAGGAGUUCAAAGCACUGAAAACAUUAAAUAUUUUCUACCAAGCUGGGACAUCCAAAGUUGGCAAUCCUGUUUUCUACUACAUUGCUCGGCGGUUCAAGACUGGUCAGAUCAACGGGGAUUUGCUGAUCUACCAUGUACUGCUGACCUUGAAGCCAUACUAUGCAAAGCCAUAUGAAAUCGUGGUGGACCUCACACAUGCUGGCCCCAGUAAUCGCUUUAAAACAGACUUUCUUUCUAAAUGGUUUGUAGUUUUUCCAGGCUUUGCUUAUGAAAAUGUUGCAGCAGUUUUUAUUUAUAACUGUAACUCUUGGGUCAGAGAAUACACCAAAUACCAUGAAAGGCUCUUGACAGGUUUGAAAGGGAGCAAAAGGCUUGUUUUCAUAGACUCUCCAGGGAAACUGGCAGAGCACAUCGAACACGAUCAGCAGAAACUCCCAGCAGCUACCUUGGCUUUGGAGGAGGACUUGAAAGUGUUCCACAAUGCUCUCAAACUGGCUCAUAAAGACACCAAAGUUUCUAUUAAAGUUGGCUCAACAGCGGUGCAGGUGACCUCGGCAGAGCGCACGCGGGUGCUGGGCCAGACCGUGUUCCUCAAUGACAUCUACUACGCCUCUGAGAUCGAGGAGAUCUGCCUGGUGGAUGAGAACCAGUUCACCCUGACCAUUGCCAACCAGGGCACCCCCCUCACCUUCAUGCACCAGGAGUGUGAAGCCAUCGUCAGGUCCAUCAUCCACAUCCGCACGCGGUGGGAGCUGUCCCAGCCCGACUCCAUCCCCCAGCACACCAAGAUCCGCCCCAAGGACGUGCCCGGGACACUGCUCAACAUCGCCCUGCUCAACCUGGGCAGCUCCGACCCCAGCCUGCGGUCUGCUGCCUAUAAUCUUCUAUGUGCCUUAACCUGUACCUUUAAUUUAAAGAUUGAGGGCCAGUUACUGGAAACUUCAGGUCUAUGUAUCCCUGCCAACAACACCCUAUUUAUUGUAUCUAUCAGUAAGACUCUUGCAGCAAAUGAGCCACACCUCACUUUGGAGUUCUUGGAGGAGUGUAUUUCAGGAUUUAGCAAAUCCAGCAUUGAGCUGAAGCACCUGUGCCUGGAGUACAUGACGCCCUGGCUGUCCAACCUGGUGCGCUUCUGCAAGCACAACGACGACGCCAAGCGCCAGCGCGUCACUGCCAUCCUGGACAAGCUCAUCACCAUGACCAUCAAUGAGAAACAGAUGUACCCUUCCAUUCAGGCCAAGAUAUGGGGCAGUCUGGGACAGAUAACAGAUCUCCUGGAUGUAGUGUUGGACAGUUUCAUCAAAACCAGUGCCACAGGGGGCUUGGGCUCCAUCAAAGCUGAAGUGAUGGCAGACACAGCUGUAGCACUGGCUUCUGGCAAUGUCAAACUGGUGUCAAGCAAAGUGAUUGGGAGGAUGUGUAAAAUCAUUGACAAGACCUGUCUGUCCCCUACUCCCACGCUGGAGCAGCACCUGAUGUGGGAUGACAUUGCCAUUCUGGCUCGGUACAUGCUCAUGCUCUCCUUCAACAACUCCCUGGACGUGGCAGCACAUCUCCCCUACCUUUUCCACGUGGUGACUCUGCUGGUGGCCACAGGGCCCCUUUCCCUCAGAGCUUCCACUCAUGGGCUCGUCAUCAACAUCAUUCACUCUCUUUGCACUUGUUCACAGCUUCACUUCAGUGAGGAGACCAAGCAAGUUUUAAGGCUGAGCUUGACUGAGUUCUCUCUGCCCAAGUUUUAUUUGCUGUUUGGGAUCAGCAAAGUGAAGUCGGCGGCGGUGAUCGCGUUCCGCUCCAGCUACCGCGACAGGUCCUUCUCGCCCGGCUCCUACGAGCGCGAGACCUUCGCCCUGACCUCACUGGAGACGGUCACCGAGGCCCUGCUGGAGAUCAUGGAGGCUUGUAUGAGGGAUAUUCCAACAUGCAAGUGGCUGGACCAGUGGACUGAACUAGCUCAAAAGUUUGCAUUCCAGUACAACCCCUCCCUGCAGCCAAGAGCACUGGUUGUGUUUGGCUGUAUAAGUAAACGAGUGUCUCAUGGACAAAUAAAACAAAUAAUCCGAAUUCUCAGCAAGGGACUUGAGAGCUGUUUAAAAGGCCCUGAUAAUUACAAUAGCCAAGUUCUAAUAGAAGCCACAGUUAUAGCCCUCACCAAGUUGCAGCCUCUUCUUAACAAGGACUCCCCUAUGCACAAGGCUCUGUUCUGGGUGGCCAUGGCCGUGCUGCAGCUGGAUGAGGUGAACCUGUACUCGGCAGGGACAGCCCUGCUGGAGCAGAACCUGCACACGCUGGACAGCCUGCGCGUGUUCAACGACAAGAGCCCAGAAGAAGUGUUCAUGGAGAUCAGGAGACCACUUGAAUGGCACUGCAAACAGAUGGAUCAUUUUGUUGGGCUAAAUUUCAACUCCAACUUCAACUUUGCACUAGUGGGACAUCUCCUGAAAGGGUACAGGCAUCCUUCCCCUACCACUGUAGCAAGAACUGUGAGGAUUUUGCACACACUCCUUGGUCUGGUUAACAAACACAGGAACUGUGACAAGUUCGAGGUGAACACCCAGAGCGUGGCUUACCUGGCAGCCCUGCUGACGGUGUCGGAGGAGGUGCGGAGCCGCUGCAGCCUCAAGCACAGGAAGUCUCUCUUGUUGACAGACGUUUCAGUGGAAAAUGUUCCCAUGGAUACAUACCCCAUCCAUCACAGUGACACGAGCUAUAGGACACUAAAGGAACAUCAGCCCUGGUCAUCCCCCAAGGGGUCAGACAGACACCUGGCUGCCAGUUACCCAACAGUGGGACAGAUCAGCCCUCGCACCCGGAAAUCCAUGAGCUUGGACAUGGGGCAGCCUUCACAAGCCAACACUAAAAAGCUUCUAGGUACAAGGAAAAGUUUUGACCAUUUGAUAUCGGACACAAAGGCUCCUAAAAGGCAAGACAUGGAAUCUGGAAUCACAACGCCUCCCAAAAUGAGGAGAGUAGCCGAAAAUGAUUAUGAAAUGGAAACCCAGAGAAUAUCACCACAGCAACACCCACACCUCCGGAAAGUUUCCGUUUCCGAGUCAAACGUCCUCCUGGAUGAAGAAGUUCUGACUGACCCAAAAAUUCAAGCACUGCUGCUGACAGUUCUUGCCACGCUGGUGAAAUACACCACGGAUGAGUUUGACCAGCGCAUCCUCUACGAGUAUUUAGCAGAAGCCAGCGUUGUCUUCCCAAAGGUCUUUCCUGUUGUGCAUAAUUUAUUGGAUUCCAAGAUCAAUACCCUUUUAUCGCUGUGCCAGGAUCCAAACUUGUUGAAUCCAAUUCAUGGGAUUGUGCAGAGUGUUGUCUACCAUGAGGAGUCUCCACCUCAAUACCAAACAUCCUAUCUACAGAGUUUUGGAUUUAAUGGGCUGUGGAGGUUUGCUGGUCCCUUCUCCAAGCAAACCCAAAUCCCAGACUAUGCUGAGCUCAUAGUGAAGUUCCUUGAUGCCUUGAUUGACACAUAUUUGCCUGGAAUUGAUGAGGAAACCAGUGAAGAAUCUCUCCUGACCCCCACGUCUCCGUAUCCUCCGGCGGUUCAGAGCCAGCUCAGCAUCACUGCAAACCUCAACCUCUCCAACUCCAUGACCUCACUUGCCACUUCCCAGCACUCCCCAGCUUCUCUGCCUUGCUCUAAGUCUGCAGUUUUCAUGCAGCUGCCUCAUCCAGGGAUCGACAAGGAGAACGUGGAGCUCUCGCCCACCGCUGGCCACGCCAACAGCGGGAGGAUGCGCCACGGCUCCGCCAGCCAAGUACAGAAGCAGCGAAGCGCUGGCAGCUUCAAGCGUCACAGCAUCAAAAAGAUCGUGUGAUUGUCGCUUUUGAAUUUUAUUUUUUAUUUUUGGACCUGACACGCGUGGCCCCUCGCGAAGGGCCCUCCACCGGGUGUGAUGCUGCACUUGAUCUGUACAGUUCCCGUCCCGUCAGCCGUGUCGCCAGAUGAUCAACUCCUGACCCACUGCCUGAGUUAACGCCGUCAUUCCCCCGUGCUCGGCUUAGGCCGGCGCCCAGAGCCACGUGUGUGCCCGGGGAGGUUGGAGUUCUGUAGUUCUGCAGAGCCGCGUCUUGUUCGAAUCCAAAGCCAUUUCCCAGCCUUGCCGUGUCUGCUCUGGCCUCAGGUGUUCCUGCUAAGGGAAGUGUUGAUCCUUAACCCUGUUUGCACGCCUCAAGGUAGUAGUGGCUUCCUGAGCUGGGGAAGUUUCUCUAACCCUGGUUUUAAUCCAAACUUAAAAGAUUUUAGCUGUGUACUUUUUUUUUAACCACACUGAGAAGUUCAUGAUAGCUGCAGUACAAGGAGCUUAACAGAAGUGGUGGAUUAGGUUAAAUUUCAGGUAAUUAGCAAUAAAGGGGAGAGAAAAAGGAGGCUGCAGGAGUCCCUCGUUCCCCAGACCAAGCUUCAUACACUUGGACUGUACAUGGACCAGACUGGACAAACUGGCUUUUUUCCCAAAGCUUUUUUUUUUUUUUUUUUUCUGUACUUUACCUGCCCCGAGGAAGUUUUACAGGGGAGAAUCCCUGGGAACUGACCCUCGGGCUGUCAUUGUAGCACCUCCUUUAGUUCUGCCCUUCCCAACAGUGCACACCUUUGAGAGCUCCUGGCAGAAUGUCCAGUGGGGAAUGGAGGGAAAAUGGGAUGGGUUCAUUCCUGGCUCUGGGGGAUAGUGUGUGGCAAAGCUGCCCCUGUGCUGCCCCAGCAGGGACAGAAACAGCCACGUCAGCUCAAGGUACAUGCAUUUAAAUUAACUGACACUGUGCCCAGUCCCAGGAACGUCUGGCAGUGGCGCAGUCCCCUCAAAGGGGGUUACACAAACCUGAGGCUGCUGCCACUGUCGGGCUGCGGGUGGCAGUCAGGCACCGGCUGGGGACGGACACCCACCACUGAGCUGGUGAGGGAGGAGUCAGCGCCGGAGCUGCCAUGGGUCCCGGAGCUGCCGUGGGUCCCAUUGCCACCGUGGGUCCCAUUGCCACCGUGGGUCCCGGUGCCGCCCCACAGGUCCUGGAGCUGGUCCUGCUGUGGGUGCCAGUGGCCCACGGGCACGCGCGGGAUGUCCGAAUUGGGGUGAACUGGAGUUCAGGCAGGGGCUGUGUCCCUGGAGGCUCACACAGCUCCUGCCCAGAAACAGAUCCACUUCCCAGUUUCAGAUCCCUCUGCAGUGGUAGGAAUUAACAAUCCUUCAGUGGCUUUAAAGGAAAAAAAAAGUAUAUCCAUUAGGUAAAAGCCAGUCCUCCAGUGCAAUCGUUAGUGGCUUUCAGUAAAUCAAACUCCACAGCUAAAUUAUUAGAGAAUGGUACAAUUAAGGAUUCCAAUUUAUUGCUAUAGCACAUAAUUCCCAUGUAUCCACACAGUAACAAUGUAACAUUUAUGUAAAUAAAAAUACCUUUAUUGUAUUGAUUCAUAAAAUACCAAUUUCUUUAAUUUGUUUACAGUCCUGGAAAAAACUAUGAACACAAACUUCAUAUGCAAAUAGUUUGCCAAAACAAGAGGAAAACUUAGAAUUAGCAGUCAUGGAAUAAACAGGCUAGAAAGAUGAGCUGGUGCAAUUAACCAAAUCCCCUCAUUUGGGUGGUGCAGGCGCCAGGGCAGGAACGUGGUCAGUGGUGACAGAGUGGGCUCUCUAAGCAGGGCUGUGAGGCUGAGCUGGGCUCAGGGACAGAGCAGGGGCUCAAGCCUUGGGUUUGGGGUCCCCAGGUUGGAAACCAUUGUCAUCCCACAGCUCAGAUUGUGUGGAGCCACCCCCGCUGUCACUGGCGUUUGCACUGGGUUAUGCCCAGUUGAGCUGGUUCCAGCCCUUCUCGUUUUGCUGAGAACAAGGAAUUGUAGGAGCCUGAGGAUCUGUAUGUAGGAGGAAAACAAGAAUCUCAUGUAAAGGUGGUGUGCUGUUCUCAGUUGUUUCUCAUAUGAGCAGGUCUCCUGCAAACAGCAACAGUAAUUCCAGAGGAACUGCCUGACUGAUUUUGUUUGGGCAGAGAGCAAGCCCUUCACUGUUCUGCAUCGUCCAUGUCAGAAGUGUCCCUCCAUCAGAACUGCUGUGUUCUCUGCAGCACAGAGAUGUGGGAACAGAGGGGACAGGGAUGGAAGUCACCUUUCCUAUGAGAACUAUUCCAGGCUCUCAGUCUCAGCUGAAAAAACUGGUCUCUUCAUAAAGUCAGCGAACAAAACUGAGUUUCCUCUUUCUGAGAAGGAGGGAGUUGGUUGGAGUUUUCCCUGUAUGGGAGGUUCAGCAAGAGGGCCUGGUCUCUGGCAGAGCAGAGGUAUCAGACACCUGUGUCAGGUAAUGGGUGAAUUGGGGUGCAAGGACUGCUGCUGGCCAUGAUUUAAUUUGGGAUCAACAGGAACAUUGUCUCCUAGUACUGGUGCUUGGGAAGCUUGUGCUUGUCUCCCAGGGAAUCAUGGCCUUUGUGUAAUGAUUAAACUCCCAUCAGUAAUUAGUUGUUGAGUGCCUUACUGUCACUGCGUUGCUCUCCCAUAUCCUCCAGCAGCCGCUGCUGGGAUUUGCCUCUUUUUCUUUCUCACAUCCUCCUUCCUUUUUUCUUCCCCUGUUUGAGCACUCUCCAUCCCACUCCAUCCCUGGGGAGCUCUGCUCCCAUCCUGGGCUGCUCCAUCCUUUCUCUACCUGCUGCUCUGUUCUCUGGUGACCAGCAGGUGGGUGGUGACAGUGUGGGUGUAAGCCCUGACCUGACACGCAGGAGUCCCACCCUGGGGUCCCCAGUGCCACUGUGCUCCGGGCAACCUGCGGGCCACUGGCAGUGCUGCUGCUCCAGGCUGUGCUGCAGGGCUGGAGCUGCAGCCCCAGAGUCCCUGUGCUCUGACAUGAACACUUCAAGUUCAGAAAAAUCCAAUUGGAACACGUGGACCAUGUAACUCCCGGGGAGCGUGUGUGACCCCCCCUGGCUCAGAGCCCGUUCCCUGCCCCGCACUGACCACAGCUCAGUACUGUAAAGACAAUUAACAUUUCGUUUGUGUUUGUAUUUUCCCUGACUUAAAGAUAACUCAGUAGUAUUUGAAUAGUGCAUAACCUACCUGUAAUGAUGCUGAUGUUUCUGCUUUACCGUGCAUGAGGUUUCCCAGGACAGGGAACAUUUCACUGAGUCUCAUGGGCUGAGCCCCCGGCACGUGCCAGGGCUGGCUCUGACCUGGGUUGUAGGUUUUAGGGCUUUUUCUGUUUCAUUCUAAGGUUAAUUUUUUCCGAAGUCACAAAGCACGUCCUAUUGUUAUGCAACAAACCACAGACAGUCACUCAGAGUGUUGGUCCCACCUUUUUUUUUAUGCAGUAUAUUCACCUGUAAAUAGUUUUUGUGUAAAAUUUGACAGAAAAGUAUAUUUACUACACUGUAAAUACAUGUGACAAUAUAUUGUAUUAUUUUGCUUUUUUUGUAAAGCAGUUAGUUGCUGUAUAUGUAUAACAUACAAAUUGAUUAUUCUAGUGUUAGUAACUGUUAACUACUCCUCCUCCCUCCUGCUGGUGCGUUCGUCAUUUAAACCAGAAGCUGUGUCCAACACACUCACCUUGUGUAUGAUCUCACUGCUUCCAUCCAGCCUCGGCUUCCCAAGGGUUUUCCGUGGUCGCAGUCCCGGCUGUGCUGUUGGACCGAGGCUGUGAGCUGGAGAGCCCGCUGGUCCCGGCACCACUGGGAGCUGUGGGUCACAAUGGUGGAAACCUGGUUUCAGAUAAUUAUUGUUCACCCCAUUCUUCCCUCAUGUAUGUACAUCCCCCCUUUUUUUGAAGUAAAAUGUAAAUUCAACCUGCUCCCAGUUGUUCGAAGGUCAUUCCCAGGGGCUGCAGGGUGAAGGUGGUGGACACUGAUGUCCUCUCUCUGUUGGGACAAGUCUGGGUAGGUUCUUUGGGGCUGAACCAAGGGAUCCAGCCCAGUUCCAGAGCCCAGCCCCCCCACUUUUUCUGGGGAAAAUUGAGAUUCCAGUUAAAGUCCAGUGUCUGGGGUUUGUCUUCCCAGACUGGUGCUGCUCUGGGUGUGGGAUCCUGUACAGAUCUGAGAUUGCCUGCAGUGACUGAGGAAAAAGAAAGCCCAUUGUCAUGAAUUUCAUGUCACUUCAAUAAGAUUACUAUAACUGAAUAAUAAAUCAAAAUAUUUCUUUUUAAAAUGUAAAUUUAAUAUUGUAAUAAAACAGCUGCUUGGUCUUUAAAGAACAAUUCAGUAUAA